AUGCCUUUGACAGUGGUUCUCAGAGCUUUGGUCGUCCUUGUUGUCUUCAUUCAGCUAUCAUGUUGCACUUCUCUUCCUGCCAGGAAUAAAAGACAUGUGGAUGGUAUGUUUACCAGUGAGUACAGCCGGGCCAGGGGGUCAGCAGCCAUCCGAAAGAUCAUAAACUCAGCCCUGGCUGGGAAAAGGUCGGAUGAUCAGGCCCUGAAUGAUACCCCACAAAACCAGCUUUGCUCCGCCAUCUUGAAUCUGCUUAGUAGGAUGUCCCUUCAGUCACCACAGCUGUGCAAUACACAGCUGAUUCUGGAUGUCAGUAUACAGAAAGUCGGAGGGGGCUGGUAG